AUGCAUAAUUUUGCCUUGAAGACCAUCAUAUACACACUAGCGUGUUUGAGAAUAACAAAAUGCUUGGAAAUGGAAAAACAGACCAUGUCGUAUUCGUUCAUGCAGAGUUCCCUGGUAAGGAAGAACAACAAGGUGGCAAAGAUUGAUGGUGAAUUGAUCCUGGGUGGGCUGUUCUCUCUGCAUCGAAGACAUUUGGAUACGGAAUGUGCUAAAUACACAAGCCCCAGAAAUAUAAUGCGAGUUGAAGCUAUGUUGUAUGCUGUUGAAGAGGUGAGUCAGAGAUACAUCCCACUUCUGAGCUCAGAAAAACAUUUUUAUGAUCGGACAUCUGGUUAGUCAAAUGUCCAAUCUCAAAAAAAGAUUUUGAACACAAUUUUAUCAAUGAAACCAAAGCAAUAUAAACGACACUCUUCCAGUAUUUCUUGGCUGCAUUAAGCCAUAAGAUUUAAUUACAAAUACAAAUCAUCUUCUUAUAACAUGGUGGAAAUUAAGUGUUAUUUCCUGGUGGCUGAGGAACGAAAGAGACAGAAAAUGUUUUUCUUACACACUGCUGGGGGACUGGUCAAGGUCAUCAGAGUCACUGUUUUGCUUGCCUUGUGCUAGCCUGACCUGUGUCCCACCCACCCACCCUAUUGGCAGGUAGUGCCUAAGUUAUUAUGCAGUGGCAGUAUAGUGCUAACUAGAAUUGGGUUCAGUCUAACACAUGAUAAUUAAUUAGUGAGUUGCAGUUGUUUGUACGGAUCCAUUUAUUGUAAAUACGAAUUAUUUUCAAUUGGUUGAUUCAAGGUCGGGCUGCCUUGCGUGUGCAGCAUCCCUCAGCGGUGUGUGAGAAAGUUAUGUAUAACCUGAACCAUGAUUUACUGAAAAUGCAGUUUAUUGUACCCUCAGUUUUAGAUGUACAGUACUGCAGUGCAGAUCAUCACGACCAGCCAAAAUACAUUAUGCUAAUAUGAAAAAGACCAUGAAAAAUUUUCCUUCAUCCAUUGUCCGAGAAAAAGUGAUAAAUGUCCAACCCAUUUUUGUGUUGAUCAGGCCAUCUGUCCUUCCAAGCAAAAUAAUUAUUUGUAGGCCUGCAUAUUAAGCACCUCAUGGAUGAUCCAAUGUGUUUCACUUUGUACUAUAUUAUAAUAAUUUCACUUUCCAGAUAAACAAUGACACUAGCAUUCUACCGAAUAUCACCCUGGGUGCUGAGAUAAGGGAUGACUGUUACUCCAGCACAGUAGCUUUGGAAGAGAGCCUUCACUUUGUGUUGAAUGCAUUUGGUCAGAGAGGAAAGAUAUGCACAGACCCUAACAAUCGACCACCUCCCAUAAUGGGCGUGGUUGGUACUGUCUCCAGCCAGAUUGCCACAACAGUUGCAAGUUUGUUGCGACUAUUUCAAUUACCACAAAUCAGUUACGGGGCGACGACUCCCGAUCUUAGCGAUCGGGACGAAUAUGAGUAUUUCUUGAGGACAGUGCCUUCUGACGUGUACCAGGCCAAAGCAUUGCUCGACAUAAUCACCCAACUUGGUUGGUCUGCAGUCUUUCUGAUCAGCUCAUCUGGGAAUUAUGGUGAAAAGAUUCGGGAAGAAUUUGUUGGCCUUGCUGCAAACCACAACACAAGUCUAUGUAUCGUUGAAGAGCUAAAACUUGGCGCGCCCAAAGGUUUGGGUGGUUUCACCAAUCUCAAAUUGGAAACACAAAUUGGAAAUUUUCUUGGUGAAGUAGAGAAGUGGGAAUCGGUUCGUGGGGUUGUGUUACUAACUGAAAGUUCGCAUACACACCUUGUGCUCAAAACCGUCAAAUAUAAAGGUAUUCAACAUGGGCGUUUUCACUGGCUUGGCAUAGAUUCUUGGGGUGUUGGCCAGCCUCUCGGUGAGGUCGAAGACGUGGCUAGCGGGGCGAUUUCGAUCGCGCUACACGUCCCAAGUCCAGCGUCCCUAAAAAAAUUCUACGACCAUUUCAGAGCCUUAAAGCCAGGAACGAAUCUAAGAAAUCCCUGGUUCGAUCCUUUCUGGAAAGAGUGUGUCAAUAAUACCGUUUCUACGAACAGCUCAAAUGCAUGUUCGGAUUAUGAAUCUAACGGGAAGAAAGAAUGGAAUGACGAUGACAAAGUCCCUUAUGUAUUUGAUUCGGUUUACGCUUUUGCACAUGGCUUAGAUGCGUUGUUGAGAACUACCAAUGCUUCCCUCAAUUUAAGCGAGCGUUUAGAAAAGUUGUCGGAAAACGGGACAGACCUGUUACAGUACCUGAAGAUUACCAAUUUUACUGGGAAAAGUGGGAAUGUCCGUUUUGACUGUUACGGAAACGGAGUGCGGCGUUAUGAUAUAAUGAGUUAUGUGAACAGGACUUAUACGAAGAUUGCCGUUUGGAACGAGGGAAAUUUCACAAAUUUCAUUUCGAGGGAUUGGUUUGAAGAUAGAAAAAAGAUGAUCAAUUCUAGCUCACACUGCGGCCAAGAAUGCCAAAAUGGCGAGGGUAAGAUUAAGCCCAAUGUCGUAUAUUCAUACUAGCCUAAAAAAUAAACGGUUGUUUUUUAACGUAACAGCCAUGCAGAAUACCAUUCAGUUGUCACACAUGUCCUUUACCAUUCCUGUGACACGAGUUUGAAAACUGAUUGUGCAAUUUUCUUCAGUUUAAAGUUUCAUGUUGUCUGCACAUGUAUUUUCUUUGGAGACACCAUUUGCCUCCUGACAAAUCGGAAAAUGAUCAAGAUAGUGACUCUGAUUGAUUGAUUGAUUUACAUAUUGUAUUGACAUAUGACUGUUGACAUUGCUUGUUAGUCUUCAAUAUUUGAUUGAGUCAUGCUGUGGAGAUGACAAUACAUUUUUAUUACCCAACCCUUGAGAUGUUUUGUUUUUCAAUUACCCAACCUUUUACUCACUCAAAAUUUCGUUUACCCAACCCUUUUCUCUUCGGUGCCGCCCCCCUCCAUAAAUAAUGACCGCUCCCUUAGUACGCGAAUUAUCGCACCCUGGAUAUGGUAUUGCCUCAGCAAUUUGCAUUCAUUACUUUGUUCCAGGUCGAGUCAUUGACCAAGAUGACCCGUCGUGCUGUUGGCACUGUGAGCCGUGUUCAUCAAAAGAAUAUGUCAACUCUGAUUCCGAAUGCCAGUCUUGCGCCGUGGACGAACGACCUAACCGAAAUAGGACCGGGUGCGAACGGCUACCGGAGGACGGUCCAACUAAGUGGGUUAUAGUACUGCUAACAAUUUGGGGUUGUCUUGGUCUCAUCUCUACAGCGUUUGUCGCUUUUACCAUGUGCAAGUUUUACUCGACACCUCUAAUGAUGGCGUCAGGUCGCGAACUAAUGCUCGUUUUGCUUGCCGGGAUAGCCUUGUCGUUUUUGCUCGGUUUUGCGUUGCUAGGCGAGCCAAGCACGCGAAGAUGCGUUUAUCAGCGGUUUGGAUCCGGCGUGUUUUUAGCGGUAUGUUAUUCCGCCAUACUUGUGAAAACCAAUAGGAUCGCACGUAUUUUCCGCGGGCGGCAUCGACCCGCAUUUAUAACCCGCGGCCCGCAACUUCUAAUAACCGCCCUGUUGGUUUCCAUUCAAGUUGGGAUCAGCCUGAUCGCGUCAUUCUUCGGGACGACGUCGGAAGUGACGGAGUUGUACGAACCCGACCAUUUACAUAUGAUCUGUCGUACUUCGGGAAUGGAGUAUAUAAUAUCCAUAAGCUAUAACGUCCUAUUAUUGCUGCUAUGUACCGUUUACGCCUUCCUAACCCGCAAGCUGCCCGCGAAUUUCAACGAAGCCAAACUGGUGGGGAUAACUAUGUACACCACGUGUGUCCAAUGGAUAUGUUUCAUACCGCUGUUCUAUGGCACAAGGCCGGUCUACCGAACAUCCGUGCUUCUGUUAAAUUCUUGCUUCAACGCGACCGUGUUGCUUGUCGGGAUGUUCGGCCAGAAGGUCUAUGUGGUUUGGGUCCGACCGGAGAAAAAUACCCGCCAGGCAUCGAACCCCCGUGGCAGGAAUGGAUCGACUACUUCAGCAUCCGGGCAAUCGAUCCACAUGGAUGACGUUGCCAACGGGAAUGUGCCAUCGGAGAAGGGUGAGGAAUGCGAGGCAUUGUUUUGAGUUUCUGCCUGUUUUUAAUCGUUUUCUUGUAACAUUUUUGUUCACGUGAUGAAAAUUAGAUUUUCACGUGAACAGUACGAGAUGAACACAUGCACUCACACUCGCACUGUAAAUAUAUACGUACGCACGUAAAAACGCACUAUUUGUUACAGGCUGGGCACAAUAUCACAAGACGCAUACAUACAAUACAAUACAAUACAAUACACAAUACAACGGACUCGACAACGGCAGGGAAUUGGGUACAGGGCUAUAGUCCCAAUUGUCAUCCAAACCCUUAUUGCUACAACUCGGUUACAGGUUACUUAAACAAGCACUAUUGUUCUCAUUGCAUUGCAAUGUUAUUUAGCUGGCUAUCAAUCUCGUUCCCCGAGCCUGCGAUCCUCGGGAAGGAACGUGAGGCUCUGGGAUAAUCCGUUUCAGGGAGGAAUCUGAUUGGCCGUUGAUAUGGAAUGCGCAGUUCGGUCUUAUGCCAGGAUUCCUGGCUUCCGGCAACGGAUUAUCCCAGAGCCUCACGUUCCUUCCCGAGGAUCGCAGGCUCGGGGAACGUGAUUGGCUGGCUAUUUACAGGCCACUGAUCUAAUAGAUCAGUGUUACAUGCUUGCUACAAGUUCUUUCGAGAACUUGUUAUCGUCCCAUAUGAAGGCAGAUUUACACCAUACAACUUUUGCCUGAAACUGUCACAUGCGACCUGCUUACAACUUGAAUUGUACUGCGUAAAGGCUAAUUUCCACUAAGGAUCAAUCCGUGGAUUGGAACGGACAAAAACAUUUUUCUUGUAAGCUCUGGGUUGGAACUAAUUGACUUUAACACAAAGAAAAAUUUUCUUGUCCGUUCCAAUCCACGGAUAAUUUUCCUGAGUGGAAAUUAGCCUUAAAUCAAGCACACACCUCAUCUACGACAACGCCACUCACUACAUUGUCUUCGUCUACAAACCCAGCCAACAUCACGUCAUUCAUGUCAUCAGCCCGUGACAAAUGAAUGAUAUUCAUUUCAGGAUCUUGGAAUUGUGGACAACGAUUUAAUCCAAAAGCCUCGGCUAACAUGCGGACAAUUUCCAGUUGUUUAAUACUCAGUAAUUUAGACUACGCUCACGCCACGCGGUCGGAACGGAAUAAUGACGCCACGUUUUACAUAUGUUCACACUAGAGCGAAAAUUUUCAGAUUCAUCACGAAACCGGAACGUUUUAGUACCGGAUUUAUGUUGCCGUUUACACACGCAGCGACGAAUCCGAUAGGAUAUCUUCUCGGUUUCGUGCCGUGUCCGGAAACUUUGAAUCCGGAAAAGUUUGUGGGAACUUCGUAUCCGGAACAUUCGAAUCUCAUGAGAAAACUCUCGUGUGAACGGCUUUCCGUAAAGAAUCUGAAUCAAUUUGUUCUAGUGUUUUUCAAAUUUAUUGCUAUUAAAUUCAACCGUCAAACAGGGUCAAAACAUCGCAUGAUAUCUCUAAGAUGGUUAAAAUUAUUUACUUUAUAUAUUGACCAUCGCUGUGUCGGACUGUAUACUUGAAAAACAAGGAAUCUGGAUACUUUUACAAGUCCGGAAACUUUUGCUCCAGUGUAAACGUAGUCUAAGCCAUAGAGUUUCGAGACGGAUUCGCAAAACCAACUCAAAUAAUAUAGUGGUGACUUUUUCGCGCCGUUCUCGUCGUAGUGUGAGCGGUGUACUACUAUUAAAUGAAUGAUUUUGGUAAAUUAAUGGUAAAUAUAAUCGAAUCAAUUUCCUAUAGAUUUUAUAAAUUUGUGAUUGAUUAAAUCAAAUUUGUAUAGACAGUAUUGAUCAUAACCUAUAUGUGAUUGUUAAUUAAUAAAUUAAUAUAAUCAAUUGUGUGAUUUAUAAUCAAUAAAUUGUGAUUACAAAGUGAUUCUGCCAAACAAAUUAAUAUAAUCAAAUGUGUGAUUUAUAAUCAAUAAAUUGUGAUUACAAAGUGAUUCUGCUAAACAAAUCAAAUUUGAUCGUACAAGGUUUAUUUAUAAAAAAUUUAAAAGUUUUACUCUGCCAAACGUACACGUAAAAACGCACAGGUUGUAACAAACCUGCAGCAGACUUGUAGCAAUGUUGUUCCAACAACUUGUCAACAGGAUGUGUUCGCACUGCUUGUUCCCAGCUUGUUGACAAGUUGUCAACGGCUUGUUGACAGCUUGCUACAAGCAUGGAUAAUAAAAUAAAUGGAUAUGAAACUUCUGACGUCAUUGACUGCAUCCUUGUUGAAAAACGUGACGUCACGCGUAUUGCGAAUGUUACCAAAGUUUCUCGGCAUUUUUGUUGUUUUGCUAUAUUUUCCACUUUAAAAGGGUGAUCUUGAAGCGUAAACUGGUCUAAUUGUUUUAAAAACAUGCCUAAGCCACGACAAAGUAUUCAAGGUAAAUGUUUUUCGUCUUUGUUUUGUAUUUUUUUACAUUUGUAGCUACGAAAUUGGCGUCACAAAUUUUUACGAAAUUUGCGAUGUAUUUUUCACUGUUUAGUGCUUGAAAUAUUUGCUAAAAUUGACUGGGAAUACUUAGAGUUUUCAUCGUAGAAUGGCGUGGUUACAUUUAUUUGCUCUUUGACUAAAAUGUUUAGCUGUAUUAUUGCUAAACAUGCCGUUUUUGAGAAUUUGGUUUUCAACUAGGUUGAGGCACCCAGCCACGCCAUCAAUCCCAGUGAAAACAUUAGGUCACGUCAGCUAGUUUCAUAUCCAUUUAUUUUAUUAUCCAUGCUACAAGGUUGUUGAGCCCAACAGACUUGUUAGAAGUAAUUGUUCCAACAACUUGUUAUCGUCCUGCAAUUCGACAAUUUGUCCAACAAGUUGUGAGUGACAACCUUGUAGCAACUUGAUUAAAUAACAGCAUUGUUACAACGUGUUGACAAGCUUGCUACAAGUCUGUUGCGAACACGUGUUGUUGACAAGUUGUGAGAUUUUUACGUGUGUAGUUUAAUUUCGUACCCAAGGUGAGUUUUUGCAAUGUUUAAAAAUUCUAAAGUAAUUUAUCAAAUAGUUUUGUGCAAACGUCUGUUAUUUACCAUUUUCCAUUUUAGAUUUUCCCGGUAGAAUGAGACGUUUCUCCUCGAAAGUCACAUUGGUCAGCAACCUUGGUGGAUGUUAUUGAGCCGUAGAAAAACUCAAACGACCGUUUGGAAAAUAUUAGUAUAAUCAUAUAUAAAUAUAAUUGCUAUACAGUGCAUGCUAAUCCUCAUUAAUAAUUCAUGAGGAAAAUACAAAGAAAAUUCAUAAGCGUGUCGUAUCUUUAUAUAUGUGAUAGAGAUUUACAUAAACUUUAACUUUGAUUUUCUCGACUUACACACAUAGAUAUCUUAUAUUCUUAUAUAUGCUUACACAACGUAUUUUUUGAAAAUUACUUCGUCAAUGAACUUAUUAGAUCGAUCGUUUUUGAAGCAAUUUAAAACAUUCGCAGUGCGUGUUUUAUCAGACCUAAAGAUACUCGGCUUCGCCUCGUAUCUUUAUAUCUGAUAAAACACUCGUGUUUUAAAUUAAAUAGUACUUUACUGUCGAUGCAAUAGAAGUGUUGAUAAAAUAUUUCAUGAAUUCAUUUCCUCAAGUUGAUCAGUUCAUACGAAUUCAAAUUUCUUUUUACUUUAUGCGCGUUUCCUAUUGGUCAAUCGGUUCUGAAACGAAAUCUAAUUGGCUCAUCUAAAAGUAACAGGAAAUUGAUCAAUUUUCUAUCAAAUGAAUUGAUCAACUUGAGGAAAGGAAUUGGUGCAAUAUUUUAUCAACACUUCCAUUGCAUCGACAGUAAACCUAUAUGGACCUUUCAUAAAGAUGGUGAAAAAAGUUAAUGUUUAAAAUGAAAGUUCUGGAUUUUUGAAAUUGUAAAACUGUACGAAUCCUAGCUAGCUGUUUUAGCUGACUGCCAUCCUUAUGGAAAUGUCUAUAUAUGUUUUAUUUAUUGCUUUUAAUUUAGAAUAUUUUGCGCGGGAUACGAGAGUGACUUCAUGCAUGGACAACGAGAAUUAUUUUCUCUGCAGACAACACGCGAUGCACAAUUUGGAAAUAUUAACCUUGUAUUUAUUGAUCGAAUUAAUACUAUUAUAUUAGUGAUUUAAUAUAUUACUGUAUGAUGCAUGUAUGUAUGAAUACUAGCACAUAAUAAAAUAUUUUAAUCUAUGGUAUAAAUAUAGGGUGUAUCAAGUAGUAACAAGUCUAUUGAGCUUAAGAACCUUGUAGCAAGUUGUUAACAAGCUGUUGGCAACUUGCCAACAAGCUGGGAACAAGCAGUGCGAAUACAUCCUGUUGACAAGUUGUUGGAACAGCAUUGCUACAAGUCUGUUGCAGGUGUGUCACAGCAAUAGACAAAUUAAGACAAUUCCCAUUGUAGACUAAUUUUAAAACUAAGCAAGGAGAUGCAAAUAAAUCACCACAGCUAGAAAGAGCAUACUGAAAAGAGUAAAAUUGCAAAAUUUGGUUGCGAAAUGUUGUAAAAUGCGGAAAAUAUAGCUUUGCAAAGUUUGCAAAUUUUGUAUACUUUUGUAUUGCGUGCGGAAAUUGCUACCAUUUUCGGCCCAAAUGUGGUAGCAAUUUCCGCACGCAAUACAAAAGUAUACAAAAUUUGCGAACUUUGCAAGGCCAUCUUUUCCGCAUUUUACAACAUUUCGCAAUCAAACUGUGCAAUUUUACUCAUUUUAGUAUGCUCUUUCCGGGAAUAUACUUUUUUUUACAAGAUAAAAAAUAGUCUAUAAUGGGAAUUGUCUAUUCCCUAGCUUUCAGCCUGGUUCCCAUAUAUGCAUGGUUGUAACUGUCGCAGGUUAAUUUCGUACCCAGGGAUCGUACAAGCAGCUGGCGACAGUUUUAAAAAAGACAAACUGUUGCCACGCUGUCGUUUUUCUGUUUCCAUUAAAACAUAACCGUCACGACACGUUUUUAGCCUGUCGCAACUGUCGUCGAGAUAGAACUUGAGUCUAUCUUGACGACACUGUUGUAACUGUCGUGAACUGUCGCCAGCGUGUCGCGACAAGACUUUUCUUCAUGUUUCCAUUUGGUCGCAAACACUACUCUGACGACAGUUAAGCUUUAAUUGACGGCCAUUUGCGUAAUAGACUAAAUUUUGAUCUAAACAAGUCUAGACAAAAAUUUCAUCACAGCUUGAAAGAGCAUCACAAAAUUAGUAAUAAUCCAAAGUUUCGUUGCGAAAUGUUGUAAAAUGCGGAAAAUAUAGCCUUGCGAAGAUUGUAAUUUUCAGUCAUUUUAGAUUACAAACGGGAAAUUGACAGCCCCAAACCCCUUGAGGCUGUCAAUUUCCCGUUUGUAAUCUAAAAUGACUGAAAAUUGCAAAUUUCGCAAGGCUAUAUUUUCCGCAUUUUACAACAUUUCGCAACGAAACUUUGGAUUAUUACUAAUUUUGUGAUGCUCUUUCAAGCUGUGAUGAAAUUUUUAUUGAGAUCAAAAUUAUAUCUAUUACGCAAGUGGUCAAAUAUAUAAAUCAUAAGUAUUCUCUAGUAAUAAUCACUCCGCGUAUUUUCAGUUUUAUUGUAUUUCGGCUGACGAGAAAGAUCGUGACUCAAUCUUUAUACGACCGUUACGACCAUAUGGAAACCAGGCUUUUGUUACAACUUGUGCGUUUUUUACUGUGAAUUCUCGCACAAGAGUUUGAAACAAGAUCACGCUAAACAUUUCUUACACUCUGCGACGUUCUCCAACAAGAAAUUCUCAUCAUUAUUGACAGAAAGUUUAAGCGAAGGUACUGACGCCGAAUCAACCUCGCUGAGGUAAUGUACAUCUGUUGUUUCACGUGGACUCCUAGCUACAUCUGGGUGCACACGGUGUUUCUGCAGUUGAGGAUUUCGUAUUAAUGUCACUGCUAAAUGCCAGCGAUUUAAAGCGACUUUUGAGAAGCGCGGGUAUGCAGCUGUAUUCGCUUUUCCUGUGCAGAAAAAAAAGGAUGUUAUUUUUUGACCAGAUUUAUAUUAGAACACAAUUUUGGAAUAGCAUACCAUAGCUUACUCUUAAAAGAUUUCAAAACAAACAAACAACUUACCUUUCUUAAUGAUAACAUGUUGUUUAUAUAACAGAUCAUACAAUAUCUGACAAAACACCACUCGUACGGGGUUCCUGUGCGUCGCUACCACAUGAAGAUAUCCAAUAUACGAGGCAUAUCCCCGGUCGGAGUUAUGGAACCCCUGAAUCAUGAGAUUACGAUCCGUACGAGAAAGGAAAAAUAUUCCAAGAAACAUUCCGGUAAACGUGCGAGCUAGAAUUCCCACAACUCCCAUAAUUAUUGUGUGGAAAUAGAAGAAAAAUAUCGAGAUAUUGUAAAUUUUUCUGAAAAUGAGAAAAGUGUGACAUGAGUCCAUGGCAAACGUCGAAAGUAUGCAAACCAGGAAACAUUGUGUGCUAAACUAUCUUUUCCAAAGGUUGGCAAACCAGGAAACAUUGUGUGCUAAACUAUCUUUCCCAAAGGUUGGCAAACCAGGAAACGUUGUGUGCUAAACUAUCUUUUCCAAAGGUUGGCAAACCAGGAAACAUUGUGUGCUAAACUAUCUUUUCCAAAGGUAGGCAAACCAGGAAACAUUGUGUGCUAAACUAUCUUUUCCAAAGGUUGGCAAACCAGGAAACAUUGUUUGCUAAACUAUCUUUCCCAAAGGUUGGCAAACCAAGGAACAUUGUUUGCUAGUCAUGUUUCCCGAAGGUGGACAAACCAGGAAACAUCGUUGCAGAUCCAUGUUUCUCUAAGAUGGGAAAACCAGGAAACAUUGUUUCCUAGCCAUGUUUACCGAAGGUGAACAAACCAGAAAACAUUGGUUUCUAGUCGUGUUUCCUAAAGGUGGGCAAACCAGGAAACGUUGUUUCCUAGUCAUGUGGAAACCUUGUUUUCUAGCCAUGUUUACCAAACGGGUAGCAACAACACCUCAAUGAAAAACUCAACUUGAAACAGUCGGCUAAACUCUAUGAAUAAACCUUAUGUUUUAUAUAAAUACCUGUUAUUGAUAGUGAGAACUAAAUCAGGAUGAUCAAAAUCUCUGAACACAUAUCUUGCAAGUAGUUUGAUUAUUGCCCAAAUCAAGAGAUAAUAUCCUAGAAACGGUCUAAAAAAUAAAAUUAUUUUAUUGAAUUUGGUUUUGCGCUUGUGGAGCUCACGUAUCGCGUGAAAUCGAGUUCACUAUACUUUUAAAGUAAGGAAUAGACAACUUGCAUGUUAGACCAAUUUUUGAUUUAGGCAAAAAAAAGUAAAUUCCCGUAAAGAAAUUAUUAAAAUCAGUAAAAUUGCAAAAUUUGGUUACGAAAUGUUGUAAAAUACAGAAAAUAUAGCCUUGCGAAGUUUGCAUAUUUUCGGUAUGUUUGUAUUACGUGCGGAAAUUGUUCCAUUUUUGAGCCGAAAAUGGUAACAAUUUCCGCACGUAAUACAAAUAUACUGAAAAUAUGCAAACUUCGCAAGGCUAUAUUUUCUGUAUUUUACAACAUUUCGUAACCAAAUUUUGCAAUUUUACUGAUUUCAUUAUUUUCUUUUUAACUGUUGUGUUUGAUUCCCUUCUCUUUACUUAGAUUAAAAUUUAGUCUAACAUGCAAGUUGUCCAUUGGGAGAAUGAGAUUUCAUUUCCAAAUCCAAAAUUUGGACUGGACCAGAUUCUGCACUACCAAGUCCAGUCCUCACUUUGUAUUUGAAUUACUAAAUAAAAUGCAACCACCUAACCUGCGAUUAUAUAUGAUUAACAGUUUCAAUAGCGCAAAUUUAUAUGUGAAUAUGAUCAAAUGCUCUUUAUAAUCAAGUAUUACGCUUACCUUUAACAAUUAUUCGCCAAAGGCGAGAUGAUUACCGGAGAAUAUUUGCCGAGACGAAGCCGAGGUGAAUAUUCCCAGAUAAUCACCGAGCCUGAGGCGAAUAAUUGUUUUAGUAUUUUUACACAAGUCUUUUGUGUUUUUUGGGGACUGCAUUUAUUUUAAUUUCGCUUAUUUUAAUUUCGCUUAGUUUUGUAACUUCAACAAAACGGCUAGCCGCCAUUUUGAAAAUUUCGGUUUUGUUAUAUUCACCUGGGGCCAGUUGUUCAAAGGUGGGUUAGCGCUAACCCAGGGUUAGAAUUUAACCUGCUGUUUUAGUUUGUGUAUUUCUGCACGUCUGUUUAUUUCAAAACUUCAGACAAGUAAACUCUUAUCGAUCCAGACAAGAUCUCUGAAGAAAUAUUUCCAAAUUUAUAGACAAGCUGUCACUGAAUUUUGCUUUGAAUUUAACGUUAACCUAACCUAGGGUUAAACUAACCCAGCUUUGAACAACCGGCCCCUGUAGGUGAAUAUAACAGCUUAAUACGUCAAAUUUGACAAAUCAACUUGUAGAAUUUAUUAUGUUCACUUGUGCAAAAAUACUAAAAUUACUUACUUAGGCUAAGACUAUUUUAUCUUUACAACAAUUGUGAUAUCACUUUCUUAACUGUGUUUAUCCUAACCCACCCUGUCAACUUUCCCUGUGGGAGGAAACCCGAACACCCGGAGAAAACCCACAACUUUCGGCAGAGCGUUGACUGACUCUUUUCACAUGAGUCCCUAGCGAGAAUCGAAGCCACGAUCUCAGAGGUGAAAGGUGCUUGCUCUGAUGACUAUACACCACCGAACGACCAAACGGGCAUACCAUUACCAUGGAAGGGGAUUACCGGGGCCGGAUUUUGGUGGAAAUAAUGGGGGAGGUGGAAAAAAUUUAGGGGAGGUGCAGCGGUCGAGCUUAUGGGCCCCAUGUUAGUUAAAAGUUAGGCUUUAGAAUGGGCCAAAGUCAAUGACGUGACGUGUGCAUGUAGUGCACAUAUAUGUAUCAGUGUAUUAAUGAAUUAUGACUGUACAACUCCAUCCAAUUUUGCUCUUCCUUACAAUUACUACAAAGUUUCUUUCAAAACAUUGCAUUAAAAGGGUACUUGACACAGAGAUGAAUGGCUAUCACUGUUUCAAUUUUACAGAAAAACUUUCUUACGAAUUAAGUGUAGACCCUAAGCAACCAAAAAGUCAAAUUUUCACUUUGAUCUAUCAUUGAAACUUUCCCAAGGGGGGAGGUGCAUGACUUUUCUGGGGAGGUGCAAAAAAUCUCAAGUAUGUGCAAAACAAUCUCAGGGGAGGUGCGCACCUCCCCACAAAAUCCGGCCAUAGGAAUUACAUAAAAUUAAAAUAUAGUUUGAGUUUUUGUUGCGGUAAAAAACAAUUUCAAAGAAGAUUGUUACUUACAAAAUAACGAAGAAAGCAACAUGUUUGAUAAUGUCAAGUCUUUCAGGACUAAUGAUAUAUUCCCAGUAAUGGACUAGCGAUACUGUGAGACACGAGGCGAUGGUGAGUAUCGUUCCCAGAGCUAGGGCACCUAGAAUAAAAUAUCUUGGUCAUUAGAAGGCUGAAAAUAUACAUGAAUGUUUUUAAUCACGCCAAGAGCAUGAAGCCUUGAAAGUGAAUGCCUAAUUUCACCUCUGAGAUGAAGGGUUAAAUCUGAUAGCUCUAUCAGUUCUAAAGUGUUCUCCCUAGAGGACCGGUAAGGGUUAUUCAGUCAUUUAUUAUUGCUCCAGUAUUGCUACGAAGAAGCCAAAACUAACUUCAUUUUUGAAGAACAGGGGCCUGUUGUAUAAAACUCUUAAUCACUUUUUUAAUCACUAUUUUGUAGUUAAAUAGUGAUUAACUCUCAAAUAUAGGCGCUUCUUAUUGGAUGACGUUUCCACUAACUAUAGUUAACUUUAAUCACUUUUUAUACAACCGGUCCCUGCAUGUACUCCUAAUAUGGGUUCAGGACGGGUUAAUCGUUAUUGGUUCAGUGUUACUAGAGGAGAAAACAUAAACUAAAUUAAAUUUAUUUAUACUGGAUAGUUCUAUAAUUAUAGUUCUAAACCAUUCAUCCAAGAAGUCCACUAAGGGUAAUAAUCUCUUAUACGCCCAGUGUUACUACAGGAGGAAACCUAACCUAAACUAACUUUAUUUAUAUUGGAUAAUUCUAUCAGUUCUAAACUGUCCUCCUAGAGGUCCAGUAAGGAUCAUCCCUUAUUGAUCCAGUGUUACUACUACAGGAAGAAACCUAAACUAAACUGAUUUUAUUUCUACUCGAUAACUUUAUUAGUUCUAAACAUAAACUGUUCUCGCUAGAGGACCAGUAAGAGUCAUCCCUUAUUGAUCCAGUGUUACUAUAUUGUUUCAAUACAGCCGAGUCUGUGAUCUUUUACUUUUCGGUCAGCGGACAAUACAAAAAAGGCAAGUAUCGAAGCAGCAUCGUAUCGAAUUCAAGAAGUGGAUUGAUAGGGCAUUACCAGUGAAAGUCAGAUGCACUAACACUAUAAACGAUCUUUGAAACUGCAUGCACACACUGAAAUACUUUCUUACCCCAGCCUGCAGCAGCCACUUGGUAGCCGCAAAAUCGUAAACUUCUUCCCUACAAAAUGACAAUGUAUAAAAAUUAUUAGAGGGCACUCGGAGACUGUAUACCUCCGCCAAUGAAUUAGGUGAUGUAUCGUGCAAAAAUUAUACAAUGGGAUAAUAGGCAAUUCCAAUUUAUGCCUGCAGGGGAUGAUGGGAA